AUGCUCCAACAUAGUGUGUGUCACGAGGAGGGGGGGGACUUGAGGGGUGGCACUGUUCGAUCCACACUUGCACUCUCCUUCAUUCCCUUGUGUUCCCCUUCCCUUGUGUUCCCCCUCCAUACCCCUAUCUUCCUUGCAGCGACCAUAAUUUGUGUCAUGAGGGGGAGAGACUCCAAGGGGAACAAAAUUGGGCAGGAUAGGGCCUUUGGCUUUUACUUCAUCCUCGUUUACAAGAGGAACGACGGUGAUUUUGACGCUCAUUAUGGUGGCUUUGUGAAGGUUAGAGAACCUGGGUAUCCCAUAGCAGCUGUUAUCAACACAGGCUAUGAGGGAGAGGACGGCCUCCACUGCAAUGACACACGGGCACAGGACACAUGGGGAGGGUUAAGUGGACGCGGAGAGUGGGAGAGCAUGAGCAGUGAGGGAGGGAGUGAGGGAGGAGAGAGGAGCGAGAGAGGGGGGAGGAGCGGGGGAGGAGAGAGGAGCGAGGGAGGAGAGAGGAGCGAGGGAGGAGCGAGGAGCGAGGGAGGAGCGAGGAGCGAGGGAGGAGUGAGGGAGGAGCGAGGAGCGAGGGACGAGAGGAGGGAGAUAGAGAGAGAGAGAGGAGCGAGGGAGGAGAGAGGCGAAGGGAGAGCGCACCCCACUCACCCCCCUCGUUCGCCUCCUCCUCCCGGCCGCGGUGCCGACUUCUCUGCCAUGCCCACUUUAAUGGGGGCAACGGGGGAGACGAGGGGGGAGGAGAAGGGGGAAAGGGGCGGCGAGGACACACAGAGGAGGGGGAGAGCGGAGAGGAGGGGAGAAGAGCAGAAAAGGGGGAGUGAAAGGGGCACAAUACUGAUGGGAGGGAGGUUGGGGAGAUAUGGGAGGGAGGUGAAGAGAUGGGGGAGAGGAGGAGGGGAGGAGGAAGCCGAGGGGGGACAUCCCAAGCGCCCAUCUCACCGUUGA